UUCCAAUUUUUUAGGAAUUAAUUGUUCUAUAAAGUUAGAUAAUAUUCUAUCAAAGAAAGUUAUGAAAAUUUGUUUUGUUCAUUCAACUCGGAAAAAACAUAAGUGUUACGUCAAAUAAAAUAUUUGUACCUAUUAUAAAAAAGAAGAAGGAACAAAUACAUAAACAUUUUGAUAUGAAAGUAUUGUUUACUUUUUUUUAACAAAGAAAUAUUCUUUUUAAGGCUAUUUAUUUUCAAUCACAAAACAAGUAAUAAGAAUUAAGUCGAGUUGCUAAUUUUUUUGCGAGACUUAUUAUUUGUUUUAUACUUGUAAGUAGCGAAACUCAACGAUUUGAUAUCUAAAAAAUCAAAAUAUGUAGGGAUCAAGUAACGAGUAUAAGAUAAGCAAUGAGUAUUUUGUGCCCAGCCAGACACAUACAUGAGCUAUUUUUAGCUGCAUAUCUCAACAUUAAUUACAGAGGAUCCCACAAAAUUGAUAACUAGAUACUGUAUUCCAGUUUUGAAUUAAUUACGAAGAUCUCUUUAUCCAUUAUGAAAGGAAAAAAUCGUUGGCAUUAACGUAAUUGUCGGCUAGUCACGUCAACCUUGACUGUAAAUCCCAGAAGUCCCAGAUAGUCAGUCAGUCCAAAUCUCAAAUAUUCAUAUUUUUAGUAUGAAAAAGAAAGAAAGAAACUAAAUAAAACGUAAUUAAAUUAAAUUAUGAUGAACACUAAUGUUUCCAAAGCUUUUGGGUUUGAUAAUGGGCGUGACUGACACCUUUUAUCUUCUUCUCAACAAAUCUCAUCUUCUCUUCUCACUCCAAUUGCUUGCUUGCUUGCAGCUCACUCCAUCCCUCAUCAUCUCCUCUCUCUCAGAUUCUACAAUUCCUUUCAUACGACGAGAAAAUGGGAAACUGCCUCCCCAAUUCCACUACAAAAACCACGGCUGAGAUCUCUCCGGCGACGGCGAAACCUACCUCCGCCGCCACCGUGAAACUAUCCGGACCGCCGAACAGUCUCGCAACGUCGUACCUCCGCUUCGCUCUCCUCCACAAGAAAGUAAACCUCCGUUUCGUCCCCUCAGAAGACCAGAAGCCGACAAUCCACGUCGGAGCAGAGACGGUAUCAGGAUCUCAGGAGGUUCUGCUCCGUUACAUCGAGGACAAGUUCCCCGAGCCGAGGCUAAUGCUCUGGAAGUUCAACCUAGAAGGCUUCGACGAGGCGACGCCGCCGAUAGCGAAAGCGAUUUGGCUUCAGCACAGGAGCAUGCUGUGGCACAUCGAGAGGAUGGUGAGAUGGUCGGAGGAUCUGGCGGCACGUGGAGGGAGGAGAGCCGUUGAUCCGUCGGUGGGGACGCCGAAGAUGGAGAUUAGGAAGUUCGCUAAGAGCUAUGCGCAGUUGCAGGAGAUUAUGGUUGAGCAUGCUCAGAUGGAAGAGAGGAUUCUUUUCCCUGUUCUUGAAUCUGUUGAUCGAGGGAUGUGUAAAAGUGCGAACGAAGAACAUGGGAGAGAGUUACCAAUGAUGAAUGGGAUCAAAGAAUAUAUUAAAUCGAUUGGGGUGAUGGACUCUGGGGCCUGUUCUGAGGAGCUCUUUACUCUUGCUUCUCGUUUCAAUUCAUUACAGAUGAUGUGUAAAGCGCAUUUUGAAGAGGAAGAGAAAGAUUUGCUACCGAUGGGGAGAGAGAAGCAGAACAAGUUGAUGAAUCAAAGCUUGGAGCUUAUGAGAGGGACGCACUCUAACGUCUGUGAUUUUCUACUCCAAGGUCUCACUCCUCAGGAAGCUAUGCAGUAUCUCGACAUUCUCAUGAAUUUUGCUGAUCCUAACUUUAUCUCAUCAUUUAUCUGCCAACAAGCCAUUGUCGACUGAUAGGAUGUGUAAAAGUGCGAACGAAGAACAUGGGAGAGAGUUACCAAUGAUGAAUGGGAUCAAAGAAUAUAUUAAAUCGAUUGGGGUGAUGGACUCUGGGGCCUGUUCUGAGGAGCUCUUUACUCUUGCUUCUCGUUUCAAUUCAUUACAGGUAACAGAACGGUAACAAAUCUUGACGCUUAGGAGGUUGUUUUGAGCAGAUGAUGUGUAAAGCGCAUUUUGAAGAGGAAGAGAAAGAUUUGCUACCGAUGGGGAGAGAGAAGCAGAACAAGUUGAUGAAUCAAAGCUUGGAGCUUAUGAGAGGGACGCCUCCACACUCUUUCCGAACACUCCAGAAUCUCCUCAGUUGAUUCAAGCAAAAGAUUCUGAAAGACGAUUCUCAGGGUGUCCCCUAAAAUAGACGAAGGCCAGAAAGAACUUUUGGACUGCUCAGAAAUGUUCUUUCUGCAUCCAGCUUCAAGGAGUCGCUCCUGCCAAGGAAAAAUUAGGAACCAAUGGUCAACAUAUGAAAGGAACAUAAAGGAAAAUUGUACUCUGAAGACAUUAAAAGAGAUUUAUAUCUGCUAAAUUUAAUAAACCAGAGAAACUCAAGCCA